UGUCUUUGGUCGAUGGCCGGCCGAUUGAUUGAAGUUGUACAUAGUUAAGCGCGCGCAUUCCCGCCUCGGACACGUACCAAUAUGAACCCACCUGGACCCAUUGCCGGGCCGUCCACUUUGCAGGCACCCCUAGACGAUAUAGCUCCGGAACGGCCUCUACCGUCCGCGCACUUCUACUCUGUCGAAUACCCUGGCUAUGUCAAGCCUACAUCCAUUCCUCUCGCCGUUGAGCGUCUUGGUGGUCAGUCGAGAGUCGAGAACGCGUUCAAACGCGCGUCGUCCAAGACGGAGUCGCUGCUCGAGCUGUCUCUGCGCCCUGGGAAUCCAUUCGCGCAUCCUGUGCAUGGAGAUGUCGUGUCGACGAGCAAUAUCUUGUUGAAGGUCGUGAAGCGGAAGCGGAAGCGCGGGGCGGAUGGAGCGGCAGCUACAGACGGGACCGUUGGAGACUAUACGGUGGAGGCUCUUGGGAUGAUACCGAAGACGGCACGGUUUCGCAGCAUGGUAGACUACCAGUAUCAGCCAGACAUGGACGAUCCUAUUGCCAAACUUCGUUCAGCCAUGGACACCAUGGACGUGGAUGGUAUCCUUCGCUACCGCAUACCUGAGGAGAAGGAGGACUACUAUGUGCCCGAAGACCCGGCUGCAAUGGACAUAGACCCACAGCUCCUCGGCGCAGACGAACCUGCGGGGCCCAAGAUGAACAGCAACCUAAGGCUCUUCACUCCCCCUCUGUUCAGUCGCCAAGCGAUUCCACAAAAUUACAACUACAAGUCGAAUCCUGCAUCCGUCGUCACAACUGUCGUUGAUGAAGAGACCGGCGAAGAGAAGAAACGUCUGAUCAACAGGAUGCGGUGGAAGGGAUACGGGCCCAUUUCUAUCUCAUUCUCCGACGCUGGAGUUCCCGACAAGCCGUCUGCAGCGGUUGACGAGCAACGUGCCAACGCUGACCAGAAGAUUCUGAAGCGUCUACAAGAGCUCUUCCAGGAGCGACCAAUAUGGACACGCGCUGCGAUCUUCAACCAGUUCAUGCCCUUCGAAGUGCGGGAGAUCCUCAACUCGAAGGUUAUUCUCCCACUGGUCUCGUAUGUCUUCCAGGACGGUCCCUGGAGAGAUACGCAGAUUCGGCUUGGUUACGACCCACGACAAGAUAAAGAGGCUCGCUUCUAUCAACGUCUCUACUUCCGUAACAGUAACCAUCCCAUCGUCCGGCCUUCCGUUGUCAGCAAACGCCAAGAGGGUAGAACCGAGCUCGCUCAAAACCGAACGGAGGCUGUUAAUCAAGAUGACAGACGGUCGCAUGUAUUCGAUGGCGUCACUGUCACGAAGGAGACGGCUGCCUUCCAGCUAUGCGACAUUAUCGACCCGAUGCUCAAGGAGAUGAUUGAAGAUGAAGAGGAUCUCCGCGACGUGUGCAAUGAACGCGAUGGUUGGUAUUCGACGCACGCCUUUGAGCGAAUCAAGACCGUUCUCCGCCACAAGUUUUUCUCACUGCUUGGUGGGCACAUCGCGACCCGUGAGGAAUGCGAAGUGCUCCUUGUCCCGCAGGAGGGAACGAACAAACUUCCUCCACGCCCCACGCAACGGCUCAGGUUCGGGAAGCACAAUAUGGCAAAGGGCGCGCUGCCGCCUGAGGACGCCGCGGCGCAUCGACUCAUGGCAACAUUGCAACAAAAGGCGAAGGAUGGACGGUUCCACGAGCAGAGCUGAUACUGUAUCCUGUUACAUUAUUAGUGCU